GAGCGUGCAGCCUGCCUGGGGCACGCUGAACCAUGGCAGCCCUGCUGAGACCCGCGCGGUGGCUGCUCGGGGCCUCGGUGGCCCCGCGCCUCCCCCUGUCCCUGCGCCUCUUGGCUGGCGGCCCGGGCCGGCUGUGUCCCGUCCCCCGGGUGGCGGCCGCUGGGGGCAGGAGGCCCGCGGGAGAGCAGCUGAGCCAAGCCAGGUUAUAUGCCAUUGUUGCCGAAAAGAGGGAUCUUCAAGAGGAGCCUGCUCCUGUGAGGAGGAGUCAGUUCGAUUGGGCUCUGAUGAGACUGGAUAACUCUGUCCGAAGAACGGGCCGCAUUACAAAGGGGCUUCUGCAGAGAGUCUUUGAGAGCACGUGUCGCUCAGGUAGCCCAGGUGGUAAUCAAGCCUUGCUCCUGCUGCGCAGCUGUGGUUCACUCUUGCCUGAGCUGAGUCUUGCAGAAAGGACAGAGUUUGCUCAUAAGAUAUGGGACAAACUUCAGAAAUUAGGUACCGUGUAUGAUGUCAGUCAUUACAAUGCAUUACUUAAAGUGUAUCUUCAAAAUGAACAUAAAUUCUCGCCUACUGAUUUCCUGGCAAAGAUGGAGGGAGCAAACGUCCAGCCAAAUCGGGUGACAUACCAGAGGUUGAUUGCUGCCUACUGUGAUGCUGGAGACAUUGAAGGUGCCAGCAAGAUUCUUGGAUUUAUGAAAACAAAGGAUCUUCCAAUCACAGAGGCGGUGUUCAGUGCUCUUAUUACAGGCCAUGCAAGAGCUGGAGAUAUGGAGAACGCAGAAAAUAUUCUCACAGUGAUGAAAGAGGCUGGCAUUGAACCUGGGCCAGACACGUAUGUGGCCUUGUUGAACGCAUAUGCUGAGAAGGGUGACAUUGACCAUGUUAAGCAGAUUCUGGAGAAAGUGGAGAAAUCAGAUCAUUAUCUUAUGGACCGUGAUUUAUUGCAAAUUAUUGCUACCUUUAGUAAGGCUGGAUAUCCUCAGUACGUCUCAGAAAUUCUGGAAAAGAUUUCCUAUGAAAGAAGAUAUAUUCCAGAUGCAAUGAACCUCAUUUUGCUUUUAGUCACGGAAAAGUUGGAAGAUACUGCACUCCAGAUUUUAUUGGCAUUACCCGUGUCGAAGGAAGAGAGCGGAAAUGUAUUUGGCAGUUUCUUUUUGCGGCACUGCGUGACUGUGAAUACGCCUGUGGAGAAGCUCGUCGACUACUGUAAGAAGCUGAAGGAGGCCAGGCUGCACGACUCUUCUUUGCAGUUCACUCUCCACUGUGCUCUCCUGGCCAAGAACACCGCUUUGGCAAAAGCGGUGAUGCAGGCUUUGAGGGAAGAAGGGCUUCCCAUCCGAACGCACUAUUUCUGGCCCUUGCUAGCUGGACAUCAGAAGACGAAAAAUGUUCAAGGAAUAAUGGAUAUCCUCAAAAUAAUGAGUGAGUUGGGUGUAAAUCCUGAUCAGGACACAUAUAUACAGUAUGUGUUUCCAUGCUUUGAUAAUGCAGAGUCAGUUCGAGCUGCUUUGCAGGAAAAUGAAUGUCUACCUACAAGUAAUAAAUUUGCUCAAGCUGAAGUGAGAAAUGAAGCAAUAAAUGGGAACCUACGGAACAUUUUGUCCUUUUUGGAAUCGAAUGCAGUGCCUUUAUCGUUUAGUUCUUUGAGACGCAGCCUAAUUCUAGGCUUUCGGAGGUCUAUGGAUGUAGAUCUUUGGAGCAAGAUAACAGAAUUGUUGUACAAGAGUGGACGUUACUGCCGAGAGCCUCCAGAAGCUGUUGGCUAUUUUCUGUAUAACUUGAUUGACAGCAUGCGUGACUCAGAGGUACAGGCCAAGGAGGAGCAUUUGAGACAAUACUUCCAUCAGCUGAAGGAGAUGAAUGUUAAAGUUCCUGAAAACAUCUACAGAGGCAUUCGUAAUUUGCUGGAUAACUACCACGUUCCUGAAUUGAUUAAGGAUGUUAAGGUGCUGGUUGACAAAGAGAAGGUAGAUUCUCGCAAAACUUCCCAGCUGACCUCAUCUGAUUUGGAAUCAACACUUGAAAACCUAAAAGCUAAAAAUCAGCCUCUAGGAGACGUCCUGAAGCAGCUCCUCCUGCUGCUCUGCUCGGAAGAGAAUAUGCAAAAAGCCCUUGAAGUGAAAGCAAAGUAUGAGUCCGACAUGGUUAUUGGUGGCUAUGCAGCUUUAAUAAAUGUGUGCUGUCGAAAUGAUAAUGCAGAAGAUGCAUUGAACUUGAAACAGGAAUUUGACCGCUUAGACCCUUCUGCUGUUCUUGACACUGCCAAGUAUCUAGGCCUUGUCAAAGUGUUGGCCAAGCAUGGCAAGCUCCAAGAUGCGAUUAACAUUCUAAAGGAGAUGAAAGAGAAGGGUGUUGUCAUCAAAGAUGCAACAGUGUCCUUUUUCCACAUCCUAAAUGGCGCGGCUUUCAGAGGUGAAAUUGAAACAGUCAAACAGUUGCACGAAGCCAUCGUGACUCUUGGCUUAGCACAGCCGUCCACCAGCAUAAGCACCCCAUUGGUCACUGUGCACCUGGAAAAGGGUGAUUUACCUGCCGCGCUUGAAGCCAGCAUUGAAUGCCAUGGGAAAUAUAAAAUAUUACCCAGGAUUCAUGAUGUCUUGUGUAAGCUGAUAGAGAAAGGAGAGACCGAUUUAAUCCAGAAAGCAAUGGACUUUGUGAGCCAAGAGCAAGGCGAGAUGACGAUGCUGUAUGACCUCUUCUUUGCCUUCCUACAGACAGGAAAUUACAAAGAGGCCAAGAAGAUCAUCGAGACUCCAGGCAUUAGAGCUCGGCCUACAAGACUUCAGUGGUUUUGUGAUAGAUGCAUUUCCAAUAAUCAGGUUGAAACUCUUGAAAAGUUGGUGGAGCUGACCCAGAAGCUGUUUGAAUGUGAUAGAGACCAGAUGUACUACAGCUUACUAAAACUACACAAAAUAAAUGGUGACUGGCAGCGAGCUGAUGCUGUCUGGAAUAAAAUGCAAGAAGAAAACAUUAUCCCUCGUGAAAGGACAUUGCAACUAUUAGCAGAGAUCCUGAAAAACAGCAACCAGGAAGUUCCCUUCGACGUCCCCGAGUUGUGGUUUGAAGAUGACAGAACUUCCCUGAGUUCUUCAUCACCCUCAGCAAUAGAAACCAAUACUGAGAAGAUGUUGUUGAAAGCCUGCAGAUUGAGAAAGAGCAAAGAUGCAUAUAAUGUCUUCCUCAGAGCUCAAAAGCAGAACAUUGUAUUUAGCAGUGAAGCGUACAGCACUCUGAUAGGCUUGCUGCUGCGCAAGGACAGUUUCACACAAGCAAUGCAAGUGAAAGAUUUCGCCGAGACCCACAUCAAGGGCUUCACACUGAACGAUGCUGCCAACAGCCUCCUCAUCAUAACGCAAGUUAGGCGGGAUUAUUUGAAAGCGGCUCUAGAGACACUGAAAGCAGCCUUGGACCUGGAGCAGAUCCCUUCUAAAGUAGCCGUCACGCGCCUCAUCCAGGCCUUUGCCUUAAAGGGAGACCUGGAAAGCAUAGAGGCCAUUCAGAAGAUGGUAAACGGACUCAACAUGGUUGGACUCUCCAGUAUGGUUUUCAUCAAUAACAUUGCUUUGGCCCAGAUGAAGAAUAAUAACAUAGGUGUCGCCAUAGAAAAUAUUGAACACCUGCUUUCUUCGGAGAGUCAAACCCUGGAACCCCAGUACUUUGGCUUGUCCUAUUUAUUCAGAAAAGUAAUAGAAGAACAGAUGGAGCCAGCGUUAGAGCAGCUAAGCAUCAUGUCUGAGAGAUUGGCCAAUCAGUUUGCACUUUACAAGCCCGUCACUGAUCUCUUCCUGCAGCUUGUGGAUUCAGGCAAGGUGGAUGAGGCCAAAGCUCUCUUAGAGAGAUGUGGUGCCAUUGCCGAGCAAAGCCCAAUUUUGUCGGUGUUCUGUCUCAGGAGUGCUCAGAAACCGGGAAAGGCCCCAGUUCUGAAGACUUUGUUGGAAUUGAUUCCUGAAUUACGUGAAAAGAGAGAAGCAUAUUCUUGCAGCAUGAAGAGCUUUGUCUUAGACAAAGAUGUGGCCUCCGCCCGAGCGCUGUACGAGUACUUGACAGCAAAGAACGAGAAGCUGGAUGAGCUGUUUCUGAAGCGCUAUGCGACUCUGCUCAAGGAAGUUGGCGAGCCGGUCCCCUUUGCAGAGCCCCCGGAAAGCUUUGAGUUUUAUGUGAGGCAGCUAAAGGAAGCCAGGGAGAGCCCUUCGUGAAAUAAGCAGCACUGAGAGGAAGCGUGCGUGCGUGCGUGUGUGUGUGUGUGUGCGUGUGCGUGUGCGUGUGCGUGUGCGUGUGCAUGUGUGUGUCUGUAUCUAAGUGUUAUUUCUAAAAUGUACUUGAGGAAAAAUAAACAAAUGAAGCUGAAUUUGUUUGUGUCUUCUUGUAUGUAAAUACACUGUCCACUUGUUACCAGUAAGUUCAUACAUUAGUCACGGCCUUCUUGCGCUUUCUCUAAGAUGCCUCUUCAAGGCCAACCCCGCUCUCCGGGGAGCUGCUGAGAGCAGAGGCAAGCCUGUUGUCAGGCCUGCAGCUCCAUAGCCUCUCCCUUCUUCCUCCCACCACAGUGCUUCCCACGACUGUUUCUAGAAGCUUCUAACAUGGAAUCAUGCUCUUGACUUCUUUGAUUUCAGGAUUUUGUUAGUACAUGCUACAUCUUACACCAGGCCCAUUCCUGUAAACUUACAAGCUGUACAUCUGUGAUUCAUAUAGGAAUAAAUAAAAUAGACAAUAGUCCCUGUAUUGUCCCUUACACUUGUUAGAAUCUACAUGUAAGUAGAUUUAAUUUAGUAAGCAAAUUUAAAAUUUAAAGUGGAGAAUUUGCCAUUUCUAAGGUAAUGUGCAACAUUCCCAUAUUGGAAUGAAAUGACUGUCAACAAUGUUGGGAACGUUUUCUUUGAGAAUUACCCCCAAUUGGUAGUCCUCGUUUCUUUGAACUUGGUGUCUGCUGUUGCCGUUGUUUAAGAGGCCCCCUUGCCACGGGGUAGGACUUGGGCCUCUCUGUGCUGUCUGUGGGACGGGCCCUCCUCCGUCCAGGGUCUGCCUGAGGAGGUGGAUGGAGAGAAGCCACGGCGGGGACCCUGGGACCCUGGGAUGAGCUUUGCUUCAUGUUCGUUUGGCUUUGUGGAGUGAGGUGCAAGACCCAGAAGCUCAGCCAGCCUGGAAGACACCAUGACCCAGCACACAGCCUGCAUGUGUGCUUGGGCCGCUGUCUGGCAUGCCAGGAGCCUGUUUACACACCUGUCUCCGGUGACUCCAGAGCCGACAGAGUUCGGCAAUCGUGCCAGCCCAAAGUAAUUGAGCUCAAGUUUCCCUGAUGGUCACUGACCCACCUCUGGUUGAAAUACAGCCUUGGGGCCCAAUGGGGACUUCCCAGUCAUCUUUGGAAACCAGAGGUGCAGUCACAUCUGCAUGGAGUGAUAGAUGGGUGUUGAAGCGGUCCCCAGCUAGCAUCUGAAUAUAUGUUUUAGAAGACUGUUUGCUCAAAUAUCUCUGCCACUAUUUUUGUUCCCAUUUUGAAUAUUAAUAUUUAUAGUGUAUAAUUGUAUAUUCUAGGUGGGCUUAUAAAUGCUUCCUUAAUGUGUCAUAUCUACUUUGAAAUAAAUAGAACUACGGAGUAAGCAAAGUCACAAAUCCUAAAAAGGAACCAUCAUUGUAAACUUUAUACAUAAUGUAUGUUCAUGUACCAAAAGCCAAUAUAAUUUAAAUGGGAAUUUCUCUGAAUAAAGUAUAUACUAUUUGUGAA